AUGUUCUCUGCAAUCCGCUCCGCUGCCCGUGUCAGGGCGUUGCCGCCGUUGGGAACAGCCAAGACCUCUUUCAUCUCGUUCCGUUUGGCCCCUGGGCAUCGCACUCUUGUCACGACGAGAUACACCCAGGAGCAUGAAGCAGUCGCAUUCGACGAUGCAACAGGUGUCGGUACCGUCUCAAUCACGGAUCAUGCGCAGGAGAGUCUUGGAGACGUCGUUUUCGUCGAACUGCCUGCAAUAGGUUCCAGGGUAGGCAAGGGUGAUCAAAUCGGCGCUGUUGAGAGUGUCAAGGCAGCCUCUGAUAUAUAUGCACCGGUGUCAGGUGAGGUCUUGGAAGUGAACGAACGUCUGAACGACGAGCCGGGUUUACUGAAUCGUUCACCUCAAAAUGACGGUUGGCUUUGCAAAAUCAAGCUUGCCAACCCAAGCGAGAUGGAAGCGCUGUUGACGGCGGAGGGUUACAAGCAAGUCUGCGACUCAUAA